AUGGACGACGCAGUGCGGACUGGCCCUAGCACUGCGGGGUGGGGCCGCCGCUCGACUCUCCUUCUGAUGUGGUCGCUGGGCGAACUCGUGUCCAUCUUGGUGUACGCGUUCGCCGGCCGGCUCUGGGGCUUCGUCUCCGCCGGCGUGCUCCUCGCACUCGGGUUCGUCAUCUUCACAUGGUACUGCCUGCGGCGCACGAGGGGGUCCGAGGAGUCAACGGUGGGGCAGCAGCCUGAGCCACGGCCGGGCCAGCAUCAUCAGGUUAACGGCUACGGCGUUGUUGGCCUCAGCCAGGGCGACAUCGAGGCCAUCCCGGCGUUCGACUACCGCGCGGCAGAGGCCGACGCCGCCGGCGGCGGCGGCGGCUCAGGGUCGUCGUCGUCGUCCGUGGAGGAGUGCGCGGUGUGCAUCAGCGUCUUGCGGGACGGGGAGACGGUGAGGAGGCUUCCGGCGUGCGGCCACGCGUUCCAUGCGCGGUGCAUCAACGGGUGGCUGCGUGGGCACGCCACCUGCCCGAUCUGCCGUGCCGGCAUCAAGGUCGUCGCCGGCGACGACGGCGAGCCAUCCCCAGUGGCGGCGGCUGUGUAG